GCCUGCAUCAUAGUGCAUUAUCAAUAUUUAUUAUUUAUUAGUAGCUUGUCAACACACUCUGUACUUAAUUUAUUUAGCAAAGAAAUAAAGCUGCAAAUAGAGCUGAAAACUAUGCACCUGUUUACCUAGUAAAGUUGUAUUUCUCUGCCCUCUUGUAGGUGUUCUGUUGUUUUAGAUUUCAAACUCAGGCUGUAGCAGUGCCAACUGUGGAUCAUGUGAUAUUUGCGUUUGACAUUAGCCUGCUAGCUCCGAGCUGCAGUAGUCGCUAGUUAGCGAGCUCAUUAGCUGUAUAUACAGCAGUUAGGAGAAAAUGAAAACGCUGAACGAAUAACAAUUUAGCAGAAACUUCGGUUGUUCUUUAAGAGAAGGCAAGGAAACAUCUGGAAUUUUCGUUUUUUUUUCAGCAAAUUAGCCAUAGUCAAUUAUUUAUUCUCAUUAUUUAUGAAGCGGGAAUUUCUUAAGCUAUCGUUACAAAACUUUCACUAACCCCAAAGCUUAAAUAAUUACCUUUUUACAGCAGCUAACUCGCUAUAGCUAUAGAGAGCUUGAAAGCCAGCUAAUAAUCAACUAGCUAACAAACAAACCAACCGAGCACUAUGACUGAAAAAGCCCGUUAACUUAACUAGCGCGGUUAGAAAACUUAAUAAGGUUUAAAGCUUGGUUUUUUAUCAGAUAUGACACUGAUAGGAAAAUUAUUUCGGAUAGUUUUAUGCACGUAGGCGACUGUCGAGGCUGUUAAAGUGGCCCGUGGUGCCGGACAGACCCCGAGCCCGACAGGCUUUUACAUUGCUGCUAUUACAGUGUAGCCAGUAGCGCUCGCUAGCUAGCCGCGGCUAACAGUGACAGGAGCAGGAGCAGGAGCAGGAGCAGUAACACUCCCUCAGCCCGCAUCAGCUGACAUCCUCGGGUGAGCAGAGGAGCAGAGCCAGCAGCCAUGGAUCAACUCAAAGUCAAAGACAGGAUUCUGGAAAACAUUUCCCUGUCUGUAAAGAAGUUGCAGAGUUACUUUGCAGCUUGUGAAGAUGAGACACCGGCCAUCAGGAACCAUGACCGUGUUCUCCAGCGGUUAUGUGAGCACCUAGACCACGCUUUGUUAUAUGGGCUGCAAGAUAUAUCUUCAGGGUACUGGGUGCUUGUCUUACACUUUACACGACGAGAAGCCGUCCGACAGAUUGAUGAGCUUCAGCACAUAGCCACCAACCUUGGCAGAAGUCGAGCAUGGCUGUACCUGGCACUCAGUGAAAGUUCUUUAGAAAGCUAUCUUCGUCUUUUCCAGGAGAAUCAAGCACUUUUGCAUAAAUAUUACUUCAAGAAUGCCCUGGUUUGCAGCCAUGACCAUCUCACUUUGUUCCUUACACUCGUUUCGGGGCUGGAGUUCAUUCGCUUUGACCUUGAACUGGAUGUUCCAUACCUGGAUGUGGCACCUUACAUGCCAGAUUACUACAAACCACAGAAUCUUUUGGAUUUUGAGGAGAGAUUGCCCAGUUCUGACAGCUUGUCUCUGCACUCAUUCAACUCCACUAAUCUUGAGUGGGAUGACAGUGCCAUUGCUCCCUCAAGCGAAGAUUAUGAUUUUGGUGACAUCUUCCCUGUGUUGCAGUCAAUGCCAAGUGCAGACUGGGAAGAAGGAGAUCUAACUGACCCAGUCAGUGGUCCUCGCUCCACAGCCUCAGACCCCCAAACAGUGAUCAGCGACUCUGUGGUCAAAACAGCAGCAACUCCAGUCAGGAGCACGUCUCUGUCACGCAGCCCCACGUUUCGCUACAACCCCUUUAACGAAGACUCGGACACUAACACCUCGGCAGAUGUUACACCGGUACACACAGCCAGCCGCCGUGAUAUUCCUGCUGGGGAUGACACAGAGAGCACCAGCACCGAGCUGGAGGUCAUUAGGAUGGCCAGAAGGAGGAAGCCAGGUAAGAAACGCCGGGGGAGGGGAUCAACUGAGUCUGUGAGCAGUGGCCAGAGCAUGCCCUCCCCAGAACAAGUAGAAACAGAGGAAUCCCUUCAGAUCAACAAUGAAAGGAUGAAUCUAGAGGGCGGAACUGUUGGGGGUAGCGUUAAUUCCCUGGAUGCACUGGACAGCUCAGCACGAGCAGCCGCAGAGAACGGCGAGGACCAGGAACCCGAGGCCCUGCUGAGGCUCCCUGAAAUGACAGACACUUCCAUGGACAGCGUAGGCCAGCCACUCAGAGAGGUAAUGGACAGGUUAAAUGGGGCUCUGGAUGGAAAGAGCUGGGAAGGACAAGAAGAUGAGGAAGAGGAGGCAGAGGAUGGUGUGACUGGCAUUAACCCGGCCACGUCUCCACUUCAGCAUCAGCCCUUUCGGGAGGACGCAGGCGGAGAGCCUCCCGAUCCAGACUCAAAGUCAGGCCUUGUGGCCUCAGCAGCUCCUGCACACUUCUACUGCUUUACCCCCCACAGUGCAGAUGCUGCUGCCGAGAGUGGUAGCUACCAUGACUCUGCAGGGAAUGGCCAGUCGCAGACUGUUUACGGUGGCCAUGAAGAUGAGAGAGAAGGAGAGACAGCAGAGCAGGAUGCAUCCUCCAAAAUAGAAGAGAAGGAGAGGGGAGAUGUUGAGAUGGAGCAGCCAAAUGGUCUUGCUCAGAAUAAGUCUGAAGAAAAGGGAAUGGGAGAAGGAUCUGGUCCGGCAGAGUGUUCCCAUCCUGCAGAAUUUAGGGUAGAUAAUAAUCAUCUACUACUACUUAUGAUCCAUGUCUUCCGGGAGAAUGAAGAGCAACUCAUUAAGAUGAUGAGAAUGAGUACAGGCCACAUGGAGGGGGACCUGCAGCCUCUCUUUCUGCUGCUAACAGACUGUUAUAUUUACCUGUUGCGGAAAGGAGCAGCAGACAAGCCGUAUAAUGUAGAGGAAGCUGUGUCCUACAGUGAACUAGAUUACAUAUCUGUGGGUUUGGACCAACAGACAGUCACUCUGGUGUGCACCAACAGAAGACGGCAGUUUCUUCUGGAUACUGCAGAUUGUUCACUCACUAUCUGGUUCCUCAGCAUGCUGAAGUCUGCAAUGAUGAACGGCUGUACUGAGCUGCCUUACCCUGCUGUCCUGACCGAUGCGACUAUGGAGAGGCUAGCUCUGACUAAGUUUGUGUGCCAAGAGUCGCACUGUGAGGUGUCAGAAGUCAGUAUUCGUCUCUAUUCCCUCGUUCACUGGGAAGACCCCAUGGAUGUAGGUUUGGGCACUCCCACAUCUCCAUCAGGCUCAGGGAAGUCCAGCAGCACCAAGGAGGGGGCACUUCUGUAUCGAGCAGGGACUUCAUACCUGGGGAAGGAGCUGUGGAAGAGUUGUUACCUUGUGCUCAGCAGUGGCAUCCUCUUCCUGUAUGCUGAAAGGACUGACGUUACUCCAUUGAUGUCAAUUACCAUGGGGGGUGAGCAUUGCGGAGGCUGCAGACGCUCAAACAGCACAGAGAGGCCGCAUGCAUUCCAGGUGAUUCUGACAGCACGUCCUCCUCUAGAGCUGAGUGCUGAAAAUGAGCUGGACAUGGCAGAAUGGAUGCAGCUUAUCUGUCAGGCUGUGUCUAAAGGAGUGAUUCCACAGGGAGUAGCACCAACACCUUGUAUCCCAUGCUGCCUUGUUCUGACCGACAAGAAGUUGUUGACAUGCCAUCAGGAUUGCCAGACCAGUUUUUUCCGUUCGCUUGGUGCAGCUGAUAUCAGUGACAUCACGGCUGUCUGCCUUGAGGGGGAUAAAGAAUAUUGUGUUAUUGAAUUUGCAGCCGACCGCUCUCAGUUCCUCCCUCCGUGGGUUCUUUAUUUUAGUGGUUGUGGGGAGAGGGAUCGGCUCUUGGAGGAGCUCGAUUCUGUGUGGACAUCUAUUUUUCAGGUCUCUCUGGCUCGUAAGGGUGUAUCAGACGAGCUGGUGCAGAAGAGGUGCAGGGAGGCGCUGGAGCUGAUGAGGAGCGCCUGGCAGAGGAGUGACAGUCUACACAGAGGGAGGUGCCAUAGAGAGCCAUGGUGCUGAGAGCCUGUCAGUUGGGCCAGGAUAGUUUGGGGGCAAGCACUUGACUCAUCUUCCUGCUAUUAAUGUAGGUAUGAACAGCAGGCUGUGUGAGGACAUAAACACAUAUCAGCAAAUUGCACAAAUAAUUGCAUUAUAGUGUACUAAGCCUUUUAACCUAGACAAAUGGGCAGAAAACCCCAGAAUGAGCUGUAAACACUGUGCAUGAUGUGAUACAAAUGAAAGUCAUUAAUGAAAGUCCAGAGGCUUCAUCACAAUGUACAAUUUGUGUAAAUUGUAAAUACAAAAUGCUUAGUUAAUGUUACUUUACUCCCUGUAAAGCUCUUUUUUAUUAAAUACCUCACUAAAACCUAUAUUAUGUAUGCAACGGUACUUGUUGAUGGACUUCAGUCAAUGGUUUACUGUCUUUGACUGUUACUGAAACGUAACAUGGUUAUUUUCUGGCUGCUAAAGGGAGAUUACUGUUGAUGCUGAAUAUAUUGUCAAACCCACCUGCACAUUCAGCAUUGCACAAAGAGAACAAGAAUGAAACAAGGGAGCAGGUUAUGAAUGAAAGAGAAUGCUUGCUUGAACCAGAAUUGCACAUAAUAGCUUUUUUAACUGUUAUUCUGCAUUGCUUUUACUAACUUUAUCUAUAUUGAUUUUAUUAAUGGGAUGAAUGUAAUUGCUGAUAAUCCAUCAGCCUAGAUGAAGCUUUUUGCUUAUGUUUGUCUGGAUUUCUGAUGUGCUGAUUUUUCCCCCCUGUGUGUUUCCUGUAAAGCCAUUAUUUGUUUUCCAAGACACAUUCUGAAGAAAGAAAGAAAAAAAGCUGUAUGUACAAGUCUUUGUCCCAUUUCGCAUGGUUUGACAUCCUGAUAUCCCUGAAGACAUGCAGUGGUACUUCAUAAUGUGCUUAUUUGCAGUGUAAUGCUGUAGGCAGAGAAACUGUAAUGUGAAAAUUUCUACGCACAGUAUUGCAUUCAUUUCCAUUUCUUCCUUUUAGCUUUGUUUUUAGCCAUACAUUUAAAGACUCUUUUUCUUCAUUAUUAUUGCAAGUGCAUCAACCCAUUUCUGGGCCUAACUAUUCUUUGGAAACUGUUGCCAUGUAAUCCUUAUAUUUUUAUUUGCAAAUUUAUUUUGUUUGUAUUUAUGUUGCCAUAGCCAGCCAGUGUUUAAGGAUCGGUCUGUGAAACUGCUUUUAUGUCUGGCAGAUCCCAUCACUUAGAUGAGUUCGUUUGACUUUUACGCGACCACUUUGUUGAGACCCACAUGUGCUCCAUCCAUGUAAAACAAAUGGCCUGAUUGGUCAUAUUAUACAUUUUACACGCAAGUCUGCAUUUAUGCUUGAGAACAUUUUCCGUUUCAGAUUAUUAAUGCUUUCCCAACAUUAUUUAAUUUUUAAAAAGGUUUUAAACAUUUCCUUUCUAAAUUGAACAGCCAUUCCAUGAUUCUACCAUACUGUUAUGAGGUACACUCUGGUAAUACAUCUGGUGUGAGGUUUUUAAAAUUUAGGUUUGUGUGUGUACUUUUGAUGAUGUUUCGCAGGCUGUUAUGACUUGAUGUGAUGAAGUAAGGUAUAGAACCUCAGGUUUCAUGGAGUUUGUCUGAAUUAAAUGUAACCUGUAUAUUCGGACAUUGCAGGGCAAUGGUGGAUUAGAGUUGGAAUGUUGAAAUUGUAUAAAAGCUCUUUAUUUUUAAUGUGUUUGUAAUGUAUAUGUACAUAUUCUGUUUGUAUUUAGUUGCUUGUUUUAUUUGUAUGCUUUGGCAUUGUUAAUAAGGUAACCAAGUCUGUCCCACUACUUGAUUUUAAAUACACUAAAUGUUGCAUGUUAUUUUGUUUUGUUUGGAUUUUUUAAAAAUAUUGGUCUCUCAAUAACAUAUUUUUUUUGUAAACGGGAAAUAAACAAAUAAAAAUGUA